AUGGCGUCAAACGCGAACACCGAAGACACUCGUGACGCGCUGAACUCGCCGGAGCCGAGACGCCGACCACUGCGCUCCCCCAAACCGUCGGCCAAAGUUCGAGAAACGUUGGUUUCUCUCGGAAACAAGGCAAAAGCGGCCAAGAAUACGUCCAGUGCGGCCACGCGACCAGAUGGUGGCACCCACGCUGGAUGGAAGGUCCAGCAACUCGACAACGUCAAGAAUCGCGUAGCCGAGGAGCAGAAGCAGGUCGCCGAGGAGUUGAAGCAAGUCUACGCGCAACUGGACGCUAUUUCGCUCAACUUGGCCAUCACAACAACGACCAUCUCGACGAGCCCAAACCCGUCGUACGCGAAUGUUGCGAGAACCCCACCGAAUAGCUCCCAACGAACCUAA